AUGAAUCUCGACGUCAGAGAGUCAGAGGUCAGCCUCACAACACCGCGUAUCCGCCUGAUGUGGGCACAUUGGAGCCGGACUGAACUUUGUGGCGAGAUAUGGGCAUCGAAUUCUUCUUAUCAUAGCUCUUCACCUCUCUCUCAGCCGUACGGCAAAUUGUCGUUGCCGAGAACCUCAAGUUAGUACCUGGCAUUUACCGCCGAUACGCUCGCCCAUACUAAUACCAAAUCCCCUGAUCCGUCUCCCAGACCAUUCUACCUCCUCUCCCCUAGUGCUCUCUCCGACUUCCCCACUCCCUCCUCAACCUCCCUGCAAGACCUCGACAGCGUCAUCAUCGGUCUAUCCCCUUCCUCGUUCGACUACCCAACCCUCAACAAAGCUUUCCGCCUGUUGGCGGGUGAGAAGGAUCCUUCUUCCUCCUCGGCAGGUUCGGGACAAGAGGACAAGGCGAUCGACGAUAAGAAACCUCAGCCUCGCUUGAUCGCUACGCAUCGAGCGUUGUACGUCAGGGAUAAAGACGGAUCUUUAUCCUUGGGUCCCGGUGGGUUCGUCACUGCUUUGGAGGAGAGUUCGGGGGUGAAAGCGGAGGUCGGUGAGCUGGGACGAUGGAUCCUUUGAGAAACGAGAUGACCCUAUCGUCUCAGCUGACAUAUCAUCUCGUCUCGAUACAUCAAAAAGUCGGUAAACCAGAACAAAAAUUCUUCGAGCUUGCUCUUGAAUCCUUGGCUCAUGAAGGGAUAGGUCCCGACGCGUGGUCCCAAGUAGGCAUGGUCAGUCUCCCCCACAUGAUUCGAGAUGAACCCUCUUUCCUCUCCAACCAUCUCACCCAACCUCAUCCUCCCACAGGUCGGCGACGACUAUCGUCAAGACACCGGCCUCGUCGUCCAAAACCUAGGUCUUCAUCGUUUCCUCGUCCACACAGGGAAAUACCGACCCGGGGACGAACGCCGUCUCUCUUCUUCCGAUGGACAGAACAAGGAUCCGGAAUGGUGUGGACAGAGUUUCGACAAGGUCGUCGAUUGGGUGCUGCAGGAAUGA